UGCCCAGCAGGGGCACACAUCCAGGUCUCGGAGGGGGACUGUUGCACAGCUGGCUGGGGCUGAAGCUCGAAACUUCACUUCCCAACAUGCACACGGGAAACUGAGACUGUGCACAUGCUCGGGGAGGGGAGGGGAUCCCGGCGCUUCCCCAGGCGCGCCGCGGCUUGCCUGCCGGAGACUUCCUUGUUGUACACGAGACACCCACCCACGCUAAGAUGGCUGCGAAAAGCUCGCACUUUCACCUGAAGAUGGAAGAGGCGAUCGAGAGGUGCCGGGCGGACUGCCAGUGGGAGAGGCAGCUGGCGAUCGUCGGGCAGAUGCGGGCGCGGGCGUCGUCCAGCCCCCGGCGCAAGGGGGCAAAAGGGUCUCCGGAGUCCGAAGACUAUGAGAAUCUCCUAGUUGCAGAGGCACUGCUGGAGCUAUGCUUGAAAGAGAACCUUGCCAAAAUAAAGGACGCCGUUCCAUUAAUGGAAAAGAAUGAGUCAAAAAUGAGUGAUGCCAAAAAGCACUUGACUGGCAUUCUAAACCGAGGGAAGUUACUGCUGAAAGAUAUGACAGAAGCAAUGCUGAUCCUAGCCAAGCUCCAUUAUGUCGAAGGCUCUUACCGGGAUGCCAUCAGCAUGUAUGCCAGAGCUGGUCUUGAAGAUAUCUCUGUCGCACAGAAGCCCUUGUAUCUGCUGCGUAUACUAACAGAAGCUUUUGUUAUCAAAGGAUUGUCCCUGGAGCGCUCCCCCAAUUCAAUUGCUUCCCGGACACGGCUGUCAGAAAGGGAGGAGGAAGUCAUGGCUUGUUUUGAAAAGGCUUGUGUGUUUGCUCAAGUGUACUUACAAGAACUUGAGAAGAGCUUCAGCAACACACAUUCGAGAGGCAUCAAAGGUGGUCAUGCAUCAUCUUUGGACUUUGAACUUCCUUACUUCUUGGAAGCGGCCCUGCAGAGCUCCUAUGUGGCUCACUUAAAAAGGGGCAACAUCGUGAAGGGAAUGAGAGACCUCCGAGAUUUAUUAAGGACCACGGAAACAAAAGCUACUCAGAGCUUCAGAAUGGCAGCUGCCAAACAACUGGCAGAACUUCUCCUCCAUUCAUUGAGUGAAGAUUGUUACUGGAGCCCUUUGUCUGAUCCUCUCCCCGAGUUAAUGAACAAAGAAGAUAACUCUUACAUUUGCACUACUCUACGCAGAAGACUGCAGCUACACACUGGAGAUAACCUGUACAGCCCUAAAGACAACGUAGAAGAGGCCCUCCUCCUACUCCUGAUCAGUGAGUCCAUGGCAAACCAGGAAGCAGUAAUUAGCCGGGCCCCAGACCAGAAAGCUGAUCGAGCUGCCAGCCUGCAGGAUGCGUCAGCAGUUUAUGAUCUCCUCAGUAUCACACUGGGCAGAAGAGGGCAGUAUGUCAUGCUUUCUGAGUGUUUAGAACGUGCGAUGAAGCUUGCAUUUGGUGAAUUUCACCUCUGGUAUCAGUUGGCACUUUCCAUGGCAGCUUGUGGCAAGUCCGCACAUGCUGUCUCGGUGCUCAGAGAAUGUGCAAAGCUGCGUCCUGAGGAUCCUACAGUCCCUCUCCUUGCUGCCAAGGUCUGCAUUGGGCCUCUGCACUGGCUGGAGGAAGGUGAACAUUUUGCCAAGAUGGUGAUAGACGUGGGGGAAGAUGCUGGGGAGCUUCUAGCAAAGGGCAACCUCGCCUUGGGCCUGAUAUACAGUCUUCAAGCAACUGAUGCUACCCUGAAAAGCACGCAAGAUGAGUUGCACCGGAAAGCACUUGAGACUCUGGAAAGAGCACAUCAACUGGCACCGGAAGAUCACCAGAUCAUUCUCUACCUCUCUUUGCAGCUGGCCCUCGUCAGGCAGAUUUGUGAUGCAAUAGAACACCUCCAAGAAGCAGUGAAACUGUGCAAGGAUCAUAUGAAUUCCCUUCACCUGCUAGCCCUCCUCUUUUCAGCCCAAAAAAACUAUCAGCCUGCUUUGGAUGUCAUCAACAUGGCCCUUUCAGAGUAUCCAGAAACCUUUAGCUUACUCUUCACCAAAGUGAAGCUGGAGUUGGUGCAUAAAGGACCAGAAGAGGCUUUAGUGACUUGCAGGCAUAUGUUGCAUCUGUGGCAGACACUAUAUAGUGUUUCACAACACAGUGAUUCUGAGAAAGCAAGCAGUGUGACUGAGGUGCCGCCAGUCAAGAAACAUAACAGCAUGUAUCUCACACUUCCUGACGCCCAUGAUAAUGACUCUGGCUCCCAACGAGCUUCUUCUAUCGCAGCAUCACGGCUGGAGCAGGCCAUGUCUGAAGUAACCAUGCACAGUACUACUUUGAAGCAAGGGCCUAUGCAACUGUGGACAACUCUUGAACAGAUUUGGUUGCAGGCUGCUGAACUGUUCAUGGAACAACAGCAUCUCAAAGAAGCGGGCUUCUGUAUCCAGGAGGCAGCCAGUCUCUUUCCCACAUCUCACACUGUGCUGUACAUGCGUGGGAGGCUUGCAGAGAUGAACGGCAGCUUGGAGGAGGCUAAGCAAUUGUACAAUGAAGCACUAACGGUUAAUCCAAAUGGAGUGGAAAUCAUGAACUGCCUGGGGCUGCUCUUGAAUAGGCUUGGGCGAAAAAGCCUGGCUCAGAAAGUUCUGCAGGAUGCUGUCCGGGUACAGAGCACCAGCCACAAAGUCUGGAACAGCCUUGGAGAAGUUCUUCAUGCUCAGGGCAAAAAUGAGGCCGCUGUCGAGUGCUUCUUGACUGCUCUGGACCUUGAAUCCAGCAGUCCCGUAGUCCCAUUUACUGUUAUUCCCAGGGAACUCUGAGGGUUUCAUACCAUGCACAUGCAUUUAGUGGAGGAGGUCUAAUAGCACACCUAGGAGUUCUCUCCUUCUAGGGUCUUUCUAGACAACCAGUUUACAGUGCAGCAAAUACAGAGACACUGAUCAUUUGCUGCCCUGAAUUUAGACAUCUUUCCUCAGGGAAGUGCUGUUGUUUCAGGGAUAUCACACUCACUCAGCACUUGUAUCACAAUAUAAUGUUGCUGGGAAAUGCUAUUCUUUUUCUCGCUAGUGGGGCAGUUGCAGUUCAGAGGGUUGCCCAGAAUAAGCCUGCACAGCUUGUCACCCACCACAGUAACCGUGGGUCACUAGAUCUGGAAACCAGCCCUUAGAUCAUGUCCUGUUCUGCCUGCCUGAGGGCAUAAAAACAUGGAAGCUUUCAAAGUCCUGGCUGGUCAAAGUCCAUGUCUGGUGGCCUGCAUUCCACUUGGUCCAUCACUACUGGUACAAGCCUGGUCCAGAAGGGAGGUGCAUGCAUGUCACUGGCCCCUCUUAGUUAGUACCUGUGUCAUCCUUGAUGAAGAGUGACACAAAUCUCCCCCCCCUUGUGCUUGUAUCAUGUACUCAUCAUGCCAGCAGUUGCUCAGCUUGCCAAAAGGGGGCUUGCAUGGGAUCUAAAACUGACUCCUGUGCAGGCAAAGUGGGGGAAAGCCCCUUAUCUGGGUCUCCAUUGGCACCCAUCUUCUUGCUUUGCUUUGACACUACGGCCAAAGAGCAUCUUAACUUGAUACUGUCAUGACAUCAAAAAUAUUCUGCUUUCCCACUUUCCUUGCAGAAUCCCGAGCUAAAUUCUGUGCAGACAAAAUGAUGACCCUCACAGUUAAAUAGUUUUAGUAACACUUAGGGAUUCCAGCGUCUUACUAGCCCUUUUUCCUGUGCCUGACUGCAACCAAACAUGUAUAAAAUGAGCAAGUGAAGCUUUUCCUGUUGUGUUAUUUAGCUGCUUGGAAAAACUGCCCAUCUGAAUACCCACAAUUUUAUGCUGCUGUUACAAGCUCUGGCUACACACCCUGUUCUAAAACUUCUAGAUCUCACAGAUUAGCAAUUGUUGUGGAAAUGCUCCACCUAAGCACAACGGGCCUGCAACAGCAGUGGAACAGCUUCCAUUGUGAUGUUGCACUAUUGCAUUUGGUCCACCCUGCCCUGACCUCUUGCCUGUUAAUAUAACAACUCUUAGGAUCGAGUCACCACUGAUGUUAAUAUAGUGGUGAUGGCUAUAAUAGAAGAAUGAGGCAUGAAGAUGCCAAUUCCAGUAAGUGCAGUGGAAUAGUUAAGCACAUGCUUAAAUUUCUCCCACUGAAAUCAGUGGUACUUAGAGCAUAAUGAGGCAGUGCAAGAAAUGCAGAACAGCCACCACGAUGUGUCUCUUUGCCCUCAGUUUCUUGUAAGGUUUCAAUGUUUGGUGUGACAUCAUCAUGCUACAGUGCCCUGCCUCCACAGUCAACAGCCAAUUGUGUAAAGCAGAGAUGGAGCAUCACACAGCAUGUGUUGUGUUUACCAUCAUAAAGGAAUGAUAGAAGGUGGCCACCUGUCUAUAUCACUCCUAACUUCUAAUUAAGCCAUUAAAAGUGCUUGACGUUGGCUGGAUUGUCUCCGUAUUGUUUUCUAGAUACUUCUGUUGAGUUGCUAGUCAGCCUACAGACAGAUGAUAGAUAGGAAGCACUAGCCCCUAGGCAUCCCCAGACUUGCCUUCUCAGUUAUUUAAUAUAAAUCUCCCUUAAAUUAGUAGAGUCUGAGUAUCUCUGGAUGCUUACAUUUUCAGAAGGAAUUUGUCAUGUUGAGCAAAUAAAUACAUCCUGAGUCUUUUUCCUGUAAAAAAGAAAAUCAGGGGAAUAGUCCCUUCCUUCAAAGGAGUUGAGGAGAGAAAUUGGCUCAAUGGAGCCCUCAUUCCUCCAUGCAUCAUCCUAGCCAGCUGUGGUCUGAAGUGUGCCAGCCAUUAUCCUUUCCAUGCUACACAAGUUGAUGGAAUGCAUAAAGCUGCCUUUAUACUGAGUCAUAACAUCGGUCUAUCAAGGUCAGCAUUAUCUACUGUGACUGAUAGAAACUCUCCAGGUUCUCCAGUAGAGGUCUUUUCACAUCACCAGUUAUCUGAUCCUUUUCACUAAAGCUGCCAGGGAUUGAAUCUGGGAACUUCUGCAAGCAAAAUAGAUCAGCCAUGUGACCUCUGGAACUUGUGCCCCAGAGCAUGCUGUUCUGCUCUUGUGAGAGGGAGGGGUCAGUUCUCAACUUUUUAAUCAUAAAGAUUUCUAACUGAAGUUACACAA